AUGAACAAGGAGCCGCAAUCGUUCCGUGUAUACGAAUCGAAUCAAAACGACGAUGCAGAAAAGAAAGAUGAUGAGUUGCAUAAAGGAUACGAAACUGGUGACUUAUACGGACCACAGAUCACAGAUAAAGAUGGCGCUCUACUGGAUGAACACGACAGCUUCUAUCACACCACUAAGAGUCUACUCGUGUUGUUCCAGAUAAUGGGAAUUAUGCCCAUUGUGAGAGUGCCAAAAGAUGCACAAACGACUAAACGGACCACUUUCAAGUGGAUAUCGAAAGCUACUCUAUGGGCAUAUCUUGUGUGGAGUCUCGAAUCUAUAAUAGUCAUUAGAGUGGGUAAAGAACGGUUGACGAAUUUCCAGCAGAACACAAAUAAACGCUUCGAUGAAGUGAUAUACAAUAUCAUUUUUCUCAGCAUUCUCAUACCACAUUUUCUUUUACCUGUUGCGUCGUGGCGGCACGGCCCGCAAGUGGCUAUAUUCAAGGAUAUGUGGACCCAUUACCAAUUGAAGUAUCUGAAGAUUACAGGAACGCCGAUAGUGUUUCCCAACCUUUACAUACUGACGUGGGGUCUGUGUGUGUUCUCGUGGAGUCUGAGCUUCGGAGUUAUACUUUCGCAACAUUAUCUCCAAGAUGACUUCGAAUUGUGGCACUCGUUUGCUUACUAUCAUAUCAUUGCUAUGCUUGAUGGCUUUUGUUCGUUGUGGUAUAUAAAUUGUAAUGCUUUUGGAACUGCUUCCAAAGGACUCGCUUUGAAUCUGCAUAAAGCUCUGCAGGCAGAGCAACCUGCUUUGAAACUAGCUCAGUAUCGUCAUUUGUGGGUAGAUCUAUCCCACAUGAUGCAGCAACUAGGCCGAGCUUAUUCCAACAUGUACGGGAUCUACUGCUUGGUAAUUUUCUUCACCACUACUAUUUCCUUGUACGGCGCCUUAUCUGAGAUAUUGGAUUCAGGUCUUAGCUACAAAGAGAUGGGACUUUUUGUCAUAGUCGGAUAUUGUAUGACGUUACUGUUCAUAAUCUGCAACGAGGCCUAUCACGCUACGCGAAAGGUUGGUUUUGAGUUCGCUGUACGCCUGCUCAAUGUCAAUUUAGCCUCCAUUGAUCGCAGUGCUCAACGAGAGGUAGAAAUGUUCUUGGUGGCCAUCGCUAAGAACCCACCCAUCAUGAACUUGGAUGGGUUUACCAACAUCAACCGGGAACUAUUCGCGGCUGUAAGUAAUUGUAAUGUCUGUGGGAAUUCUAAUAUGUCACUCUCUUAA